UCUCCCCUUCACGGCCGCCGUAGUUUUUUGGUUUUUGUUUUUUUAACGGUCACCCAGCAACGAGAAAAAACAACCGGAACCAUCGCCACCAGCUCGGAGAGAACGAAGAGGUACCAUAGGCAGUUCUUCCCAAAGAGAUGUCGAUUCCAUUCUCCAACACCCACUACCGAAUUCCACAAGGAUUUGGGAAUCUUCUUGAAGGGCUGACACGCGAGAUUCUGAGGGAGCAACCGGACAAUAUACCAGCUUUUGCAGCAGCAUAUUUUGAGAACCUUCUAGAGAAAAGAGAGAGAACCAACUUUGAUCCAGCAGAAUGGGGGACUAAGGUAGACGACCGCUUUUAUAACAACCAUGCAUUCAAGGAGCAAGAACCACCCGAGAAAUGUGAACAAGAAAAGUCUCACACAUCUGUGAAAGAGGAAGGGACACUAGUCACAGGCUUAGUAUGUUAUAUUUUUCAU